CGGGCCUCUCUUGUCCCUGCUGGCGGCCCGUAGCGGAGCGGCCGGGGCGCGCCUGCGCGAACGCGGCCAGGCCUCGGCGGAAGGCUUCUGAGCCUGCGCAGUGCGCGGCCCGGGUCUGGCGCGGUUGCUAUGGAGGCGGACGGGACGUACGAGCCGGGCUUCGUGGGGAUCCGCUUCUGCCAGGAGUGCAACAACAUGCUGUACCCCAAGGAAGACAAGGAAAACAGAAUCCUGCUCUACGCGUGUCGAAACUGCGAUUACCAACAGGAGGCCGACAACAGCUGCAUCUACGUCAAUAAGAUCACCCAUGAAGUGGAUGAAUUGACACAGAUCAUUGCGGACGUUUCCCAGGACCCAACUUUGCCCCGGACAGAAGAUCACCCCUGUCAGAAGUGCGGGCACAAAGAAGCAGUAUUCUUCCAGUCUCACAGCGCAAGGGCUGAGGACGCCAUGAGGUUGUAUUACGUAUGCACCGCCCCGCACUGCGGCCACCGCUGGACUGAAUAAAGGAGCAGCUGUUUGAGACCUGACAUCACCUCUGGCCCCCGGUUGUUAGAAACACUUGGGCUCUGUUCCCUUCUUGGAAUAGCCUCUGCUCCUGGUUCUGCCCUGGGGUCAUUGAACGGUGGUAUUUUUGUUAAUAAAAAGGUUUUAUUUUUUAAGUCGCA